GACUUGGUAGUGGAAGAAGUCAAUGUAACGUCGGCCGUACUCGCCGCAGCAGCGUACCAUUAUGGAAAUUAUUGUGACAAGCCCAACCACGAAUUUAUGUUAUGUCGCUACGAAACCACCGAUCCAAGAAAGUGCUUGCCUCAAGGACGCCGCGUAAGCGAAUGUGCUGUUGAAUUCUUUAAAAAAGUCAACGCCAGUUGUAGAGAAGACUUUACUAAACACUGGACUUGCUUAGAUCACAAUAAUCACGAAUUUGAAUAUUGUCGGCCCUCUCAGCGUGCUUAUGAUGAAUGUAUGUUCAAGCAAUUAGGACUGGAA